CCUUACUCGCAGGAGAUAUACGUCCAACAGAUGUACUCCAAUUAUCAGGGUCAACAAAUAACGCCUCCGUUCAUCGAAAACUUUGGAUUCCACGACGACGAGUUUAACGAUGGUGACGAUGCGCUUCAUGAAGAAGAUCUCGACAAGCGGGAAGAGAUGUUCAAUAAGCUGUGCCAACAAAAACAAAAAGCCGGGCUUGAGGACUGUGGCAGCGGCCUAGAAUGGGGCGACGAGGGCGAACUCACGUUCCAGACCGUGGUGGACAAGCGGGAUUGGCACUCCAAGCAACAGCAUCAAGACUCCAGUUCGUCGGACGAGGAUGACGAAGAUCCGCACGACGUGCACAUGGAAGUCGACACGACUGAUCCUUGGGAUACUACCGAGCCGCUACCGAAUACCGGUACCAUACUUCCACCAGUUAAUCCGUGGGAUGUGGCGUCAUCAGAGCCAGUGGAAUCCACUGGUUGGGCCAAUUUUGAAAAUUUUGAGAAUACAUUGAGUAUAGAGAACACAGCAGGCGAAAAUAAAAAGACGAUGUGCGACGAGCUUAAAACGGCAUCAGAAACGACGGCUGCAAACUUAACAGAGAAGGAUAUGGCUUUUAGCGAAAGUUUUGAAGAGAGCGACGAAAAAAACAGAGACUGCAUAAGUAAUCAAGUGAUUGGAACGGAUUUACCAGCUAUGGAAACUAACCUCAGCAGCAGCAGCAGCAGCAGCAGCAGCAGCAGCAAAAUCGAUGAGAACAUAGUGAUCUCCGCGGAUGAGAAUAUCAAUUCUAACAAAUUGCCGGAUAACAGGAAUUUCAAGAGCGAAGAGAAGAUCGAAAACGUAAAGGACGUCACGGAGGACGCCAUAGAGAAGGCAAAGCCGUCGAUUGAACAUGAAGUUUCAAUAGCAACAACUUCUCUGAAAAGCACGUCCGCCGACACCGCCAAUUCCAUGUCAGUGUCUAAAGACGCUAAAUGAAAUGACGUAUCCCGCUGCCUAUGUUAGAUAUGAUCUAUGGCAAUAGGAAGAGAAAAUCAUAUCAGUAUCGAAUCAAGUACGUGAGAACGAUCGGAAGCAUAUACGCCUUCUCUAUUUUUUAUUAGACACCACGUUAAUUAUGCUUUAAGAAAACGUUAAAGCUGGGCGCACACUGCAGUCACGCUGCAGAGUAUUUCUCUUCGAAUAAAUCCGAAAUGCCGAAAAUGAUCGACACGCUCAACUAUAGUGAAUAAUUUGAUGUUUAUUAUAAAUAGGUACAUAUAUCCCUUUCCCCACUCCAUCCCUUUUUCUCUACGAAUGGUUAACAUUUACAAGUAUUCCUCGCGAAAGUGAGGGCCCCUUCCCCUAUCCCGUAUAUAUUUUACGGUUAUUAUUAAGAGUUUCGUAAAUUGUUAUUUAUACGUAGAUAACUGGUCUCUAUCAAAAUAAAAAAAAAGAGCAAAGCAAAGAAUGGACACGACAAGAAUGAAUCGCAAUAUUGCGAUUUUUGCGCAAUUUAUACAGGCAAUUUAUAGAGCACCAUGACAGAGAGAGAGAGAGAGAGGAGAGGAGACGAGACGUUAUAAAUUUCGCCGGAAUCCACUCACGACGUGUAAUCGAUUUUUCAUGAGACAUCUAGUACUCCAUAUACAUUUGUACAUUAUAGAAACGUGAGGGUAGAGAAACAAGAGAGUUGUUGAGAACUGUAACGCUGUUUGAUAUAUGUAAGAUUGGUAUUCUUCACGAACUGGUGCUUUUGCUUAUUCCUUCGAUAAGGCAAAGGUACUUAGGUGCAGUGCCUACUGUCGUAAUUGAAUGUACGUUAGUUCAACAAUGCGAUACGAGCAGAACAAAAGAAGGAAAAGAGAGAAUCGAGAAUAUUUUUAUUACCUUUUGUCGUAAUAUUUGGUCGAAAUUUGUACACUAUACUAUAUUAUUAAUCGGGGCUGUCGAACUUGCGCGCUUAUUUGCAUUCCAAUAAAAAAAGAGAAAAAAGAUUUCUACGUACGUUUAAACGACUGUUAAAGUCUUUCACGAAGAUCUUCCACAAAUAAAUAGCGUUAAAUUGCAGAAACUAAUAUGUGUGUUGCGCAUGCUCUCCGACCGAGCUAACUUACUACGUAUAUCUAUCAUUCUGCGAAUUAUGUUACCUGAUUGUUCCGCGACUUUCUUCUGCCUCGCAGGUUUUGCAGCAGCAAUGUGUUUAUAGCGUUGUACACGAAAUAUAUUGUUCAUAAUUAAAUGAUAAAA